GCACGCCGGCCGCCCGCCGCAACACCGCAACUGUUCAAAAUGAGAGUGAUACUAGCGACGUUGGCCGUCCUGGCGGUCGCAACGACUGCAAUUGAAGCGGACAGCAAAGCGCGCAUAGUAUGCUACUUCAGCAACUGGGCGGUGUACCGGCCCGGCGUGGGCCGCUACGGCAUCGAGGACAUCCCCGUGGACCUCUGCACGCACAUCAUCUACUCCUUCAUCGGCGUCACUGAGAAGAGCAAUGAAGUCCUCAUAAUUGAUCCUGAGCUGGACGUAGACAAGAACGGAUUCAGGAACUUCACAGCUCUUCGGAAGCCGCACCCCAACGUGAAGUUCACAGUGGCCGUGGGUGGCUGGGCUGAGGGGGGCUCCAAGUAUUCGCACAUGGUGGCACAGAAACAAACCAGAAUGGCUUUCGUUAGGAGCGUUGUGGACUUCCUGAAGAAAUACGACUUUGAUGGGUUGGACCUGGAUUGGGAGUACCCUGGUGCGGCUGACCGUGGUGGCUCCUUCUCAGACAAGGAUCGGUUCCUUUUCCUCGUUCAGGAGUUGAGGAGAGCCUUCAUCAGGGAGAAGAGGGGAUGGGAACUGACUGCUGCUGUGCCUCUCGCUAACUUUAGACUGAUGGAGGGAUACCACGUGCCUGAUCUUUGCCAAGAGCUGGAUGCUAUCCACGUGAUGUCGUACGAUUUGCGCGGCAACUGGGCCGGCUUUGCAGAUGUGCACUCACCUUUAUAUAAGCGUCCUCAUGAUCAGUGGGCUUAUGAGAAGUUGAAUGUGAACGAUGGUCUAGCACUCUGGGAAGAGAAGGGCUGUCCCAGCAACAAACUGGUCGUCGGUAUUCCGUUCUACGGUCGCUCCUUUACUCUCUCCGCCGGUAACAAUAAUUACGGACUUGGUACCUACAUCAACAAGGAGGCUGGAGGCGGCGAUCCUGCACCGUACACCAAUGCUACCGGAUUCUGGGCUUAUUAUGAGAUCUGUACCGAAGUCGACAAAGAAGGCUCAGGCUGGACCAAGAAAUGGGACGACGCCGGCAAAUGUCCUUACGCCUACAAGGGCACCCAGUGGGUCGGCUACGAGGACCCUCGCAGCGUGGAGAUCAAGAUGAACUGGAUCAAGGAGAAGGGCUACCUGGGCGCCAUGACCUGGGCCAUUGAUAUGGAUGACUUCAAGGGACUCUGUGGUGAUGAGAAUCCUCUGAUCAAGCUCUUGCAUAAGCAUAUGAGCACGUACACUGUCCCACCACCUCGUUCUGGAAAUACUACUCCUACGCCUGAAUGGGCGCGGCCUCCGUCCACGACGUCCGACCCGGCCGAGGGGGAGAUCGUCACUACUCUCAAGCCAACGACUGCGAAGCCAGCUACGACCAAGCCAAGUACAGCCAAGCCAACGACGGCCAAGCCUACGACAGGAAAGCCUACGACGGCCAAGCCUACGACGACCAAGGCACCCCAAGUCGUAACAAUCCCAGAUGAUGAGAAUGACAUCGCUGUGAGACCUGAACCUCCGAAAAAACCUGUAACUCCAGAAACCCCUGUGGUACCCGAGGUUCCUGAAUCUGCUGAAACACCAACUGAAAAUGAAAUAGAUAACCACGACGUUUGCAAUUCUGAAGAGGAUUACGUGCCUGACAAGAAAAAGUGCGAUAAGUACUGGCGAUGCGUCAACGGACAAGGAAUGCUGUUCACAUGCCAACCAGGAACUGUGUUCAACGUGAAACUGAAUGUUUGCGACUGGCCAGACAACGCCGACCGUAGUGACUGCGAGCCCUAAACUUUCGGCUCAUGAACGGACGCCUUAGUGGUCAUUGCACAGAUACCGUUUGAUUGAAAUCGCAUUCGCCUUGCGAGACAGCUGAUAAAUUAUGUUGCUCCGUUGCGGGUUGCAUCUCAGUUCAAUCUGGCGUCUCGACCGACAUUGGUAUGCGGGGAAACAAGGCUGUCAAUGCAAUAGCAAUUAGCAAAUGAGGGUUCGACUAAAUGAGACCAACAUUACACUCGGAGACGUCUUGAAGUCUACAUCUGGUCUCAAAACUUCACCAGCAAAUCUAGAUUUAUUCGCUUUAAUUAAAUUCAAUAUAGGAGUGAACCGUGCGAGGUCCCCUCGACGCUUUGUGUGGUCUAGCUUGCGGCUUGAUUUUGAUAAACCGGUAUCUUUCCUCUUCGCAAUGAAUCACAAUAAUGUUUACGAAGUUGUAGGUUACUGAACAAUAUUGUCGUAUUUUGUUAUGCUGCAACAUAAUACGCCAAUGUUUUCUCGUGUCUCUAUAUUAUAAUUGGGUAGGUUUGUGAUGUUUAGGCCCUAUCUACUUAUGUACAUAGUGAGUUUCUUACGUAAAUCAUGAUGCAUUUUAUUGGGAAUAUGAUGAACGCAAAUUAAUCCCAGGUGAAGCAUAAUUUGGUAAGAAAUCAGUGAAUGAAAAAAAUUGAGAUUAUUAGUGUAUCACUUAUAUAAUGCCUCAGAUCGUGUACAAGACUGCAUCAACUAGAUUUAAAUAUAAAAUAAGGAACUAAUUAUUAAGUUCAUCUUUGUUUCCAUCUUAUAUACGAACAACAGAAAACAUUUGAGAAAAUUCUAAAAACAUGGACAUUUUUAUUUGCUCAUUUUAGUUUGUUAAGAACUGUUGCAGUUUCCGCCGAUAACUCUAUUCAGCUGUUAUAAAGUUAUGGCAGAAAUUGUGUUUAUUUUAUAAAUUUUGUUUCAACUGGAAGCCAAUUAGACUGGUCCCGGCUUUAGGAGAUUUAAAUGAAUUUCCCCCGCACUUGUCGCGGGUGGUCGCUCGCUUAAACAUUCCCAGUGUAAUUUAUUUAUUUUAAUAAUUUUAAGACAAUAAAUUAUGGUAAAAAUC